AUGACAGAUAUCAUUCCUCCAGCCCCUAUACCACAAGGAGGAAGUAACUCUUGUGGAGGAGUGAUUUCAAAUCUCUCAGGUUCCUUCUCCAGCCCUUGGUACCCCACAAACUACCCCACCGACUUGGAGUGCGUCUGGGUGAUACAUGUGGCUGAGAAAUUCCACAUAGAACUGAUAAUCCCAAGCCUGAAAUUAGAGGACAUCUCUGGAUGUCCUUACGACUUUAUUGAAGUGUUUGAUGGACGACAGGCUGCCUCACUCUCCAUGGGCAGGUUUUGUGCUGGGGCAGAGCUCACAUUCCUCUCUUCUUCAAACAUCAUGACCACAGUGUUCAGAAGCGACGCCAUGAUCACCAACACAGGGUUUUAUGCUCUGUACAACACCAUUCGGCAAGAUGAAAGGGAGAACGGUAUGUCUCUGCGACUGAUGAAUGGCAGCCACAGGUGUGAGGGCCGGGUGGCGGUCUCCUACAACGGCACCUGGGGCACGGUGUGCGAUGACAGCUGGGACCUGAUGGAUGCCAGGGUGGUGUGCCAGCAACUUGGCUGCGGUGAGGCACUGUCAGCCCCAGUUCAGAGCUACUUUGAUGGUGGCACUGGCCACAUCGUGCUGGAUGAUGUGCAGUGCACAGGAAAUGAAGCCAAAGUGUGGCAAUGCGUGCACAACGGGUGGUUCUCCCAUAACUGUGGACACCACGAGGAUGCCAGUGUUAUCUGCUCAGGUAUUGGUGGCAAACCAAAUGCAGAACCAACAGACUCCACUGGCGACAACCCCCCUACAGAUGAAAAUUUCCACUGUGGCGGUUUGCUUACAAAUAAUUCAGGCUCCUUCUCCAGUCCUUGGUAUCCUAAAAAUUACCCCACAAAUGUGGUAUGUGCUUGGGACAUACAAGUGGAUAUCGGGGCUCGUGUGAAACUCACGUUUGAAGUGGUAAAAAUGGAAAAUUUCUAUGGCUGUCCAUACGACUUCAUUGAAAUCUUUGAUGGCCCACAAAGCAAAUCUUUUUCGCUAGGGAGAUUCUGUUCCAGGAAGAUCCCGAUAUUUACCUCCUCCUACAACUGCAUGUCGGUGGUGUUCCACAGCGAUGCUAUCAUCACCAACAUCGGCUUCUAUGCAUCUUAUGAGUCUCUUGUGCAAGAUGAGAAUGAUACCGGUUUAGGAGAACUGAAGGGAGAUGAGCUACCCACACCGUCUAUGUCCUCCACUGCCUUUCUGCCUUACAUAGGAGCAUCCGCUGCUGUGAGUUACCCGACCUCAGGUCUGGGACUGCGGCUGGUGAAUGGGUCCAGCAGAUGUGAGGGCCGAGUUGAGGUUUACCACGCCAACACCUGGGGCACCGUGUGCGAUGACAGCUGGUCUAUAGAGGAUGCUCACGUGGUCUGCAGGCAGCUGGGCUGUGGCCUGGCCGUGUCUGCCCUCCCAGGAGCCAGCUUCAGCCCUGGGUCAGGCAGCAUCCUCCUCGAUGAUGUCAACUGCACGGGAAGGGAGUCCUCUCUGGGGCAGUGCCCUCACGGCGGUUGGUUCACUCACAACUGUGGGCAUCGUGAAGAUGCUGGCGUCAUCUGCUCAGAUUCUGCAGCUGCUGGACAUCCAGGUAUCUGUGAGUUUAUGUCCAUUUUAUUUGCUGACUGGUGGCUGGCCGUCACCUCUACGUGGUCUCCCAACCCCAGCCUAUGCUGGGUCUCCCUUAUGAGCUUUAACUUUCCUUGA